AAAUAUCUUCUGAAGUCCGAUUAUUUUCCUUUUUUCACUCCUUUUGCCCUUCGGCUUUGCUUCUCCAUGUCUCCGUUAUCGCCAGUGUCGGCCAGAACCGAACGAAAAGAUGCGCGCAAAACAGCGCCAAAAUGCAUGGACGUCUGCUUCGAGCGCAUUCUUCCUAUAAUUUCCCUAGUGUCUCUAGCGCGGGGCGUGCCUGUCCCUAGUGCGGGGCGUGGCUGAAGUUUAAUCAAAUCCACGUUGGCGGCCGUCUUGCGCCGGCAGCGCCUUUGUCUUGCAUUUGCUUCGGCCUCGCUUCCUCAGCUGCAUUUCAUUCCGGGCCCUGUCAUCUGAAACCAGCACCAGCCGAUUCACCAAAGUGUAGUCUUCAAAUGAAGUGUUACUGUCAACAUCCAGCUGGCAACAGACCUCUGUCCACAUCCAGCUGGGGUCAAUCAUCUCGUCGUGCUGUUCCUCUUGGUCACUUUCGCCUCACAUGAGGGAGAGGAGACUUUACCAUGGCCACAUCAACUACAGCAAUGCCAGUGGAUCUGACUACUGCAAUAUCUGCCUUCACCAUUGACCUGUACAAGCAACUUGAUUCAGGGAGCGAUGGAACAAAGAAUGUUGUCUUCUCUCCAUUCAGCAUCGCAGCUGCUCUGUCAAUGACUCUUGCUGGUGCCAAGGAGCACACUGCUACUGAAAUCACCAAUGUCUUUCGCGUAAAUGGUGAUGUGAUCCACGCACAGUUUUCCGAAUUCUUUGCGAAGGUUGAAACUUAUGCACCUGAUGUGAUGUUGGAUGUUGCGAAUCGCCUGUACUCUGAGAAGACGUUCGUAGUCCUGGAAGACUACAUUUCCACACUGAAGAAAUUUUACAACAGCACUGUGAUACCUGUCGAUUUCAAGAGCAGUGCUGAAGCAGCCAGACUUGCAAUGAAUGCCUGGGUAGAAGAAACGACAAAGUCAAAAAUCAAGGGUCUUGUUCCCAAUGGUGCUGUGGAUUCCGACACUGCUCUUGUGUUGAUCAAUGCCAUUUACUUCAAGGGUCUGUGGAAAGAUCAGUUCAACCCCAAAGCAACUACCCUGCAGGAGUUUCACAGAUCCAAAGAAACAGCUAAAGAGGUCCAAAUGAUGUACAAACAAUCCCGCUUUAAGAUCAACACCAAAUGCACAGACCUGAAUGCUAAUGCAAUCGAAAUCCCAUACAAAGGCGGCAAGACAUCUAUGGUGAUCCUUCUGCCCGAUGAAGUUGACGGCCUUCCAAAUCUGGAGGCAACGCUUACGCCAUCAAAGCUGUUGGACGUCUUGAAUGGUCUUGAUUCGAAAAUGGUCGCUCUCAGUCUCCCACGAUUUAGAAUUGAGUACGGCUUAGACUUAAAGAAAACGCUUCAUGUGAUGGGCAUAAGAGAUUUGUUCACUGACAAGGCAGAUCUGUCGGGAAUAGAUGGAAAAAAAGACCUCAUGGUCUCAGCUGCAGUUCAUAAGGCCUUUGUAGAAGUUAAUGAGGAGGGCACAGAGGCCGCAGCUGCUACGGGAAUGAUGGUAAUGGUAAAGUGUGCUGUCAGGGCCAUUCCAUUCUCAGUUGACCACCCAUUCAUGUUCUUCAUUCGAAGCCAUGACCCGGAUGUAAUUCUUUUUGCAGGCUCUGUACGUGAUGUAUAGCAGUUUAAGGGGGGUGGAUGUUGAGAAGAUUUGUCUGUGAUUGUCAGUGCAUUAUAAGAGGAGUGACAAUAUGUGCAAGCAGGGGCACUGUCAUCUGCAUCAUGGAGGGUUCUGCAGUAGCUCCUCGGCUAUAUGGAGGCCACAUACCUCAUUGGGAAGAAUGCAAAGAAUGCUUAUGUAGUAGGCUUUGUGUGCAAGAAUGUAAGCAAACACAUUAGCAUAGUCUGUACAGGAAAUCACUGCAGUUGCAGUACUGCAGUUCCUGAAGUCGACAGACCUUACUUAGCAACUGUGAUUCAGCUGUGCACACCCAAACGGAGCGACAUGUGCGUGCAGAUUGGCAGCAGCGCCCAGCGAAAGUUUGCCAUUCUCUCUAGGAUUAAAACUUUGCCAAGUUGAUGCGUAAUCUUCUACAUACAGAGCACACAAGGCCAAAACACAUCAUUCUUUUGUGCACUGUACAUAGAGGCCCAUGCUCUAGCAAUAAGUGUUUUCUCUCCUCAAUUUUCUUUUUUAUCCCCUGACUUUCUCUCCCCCACAGUGGGUAGCAAACAGGCAGUGUGUCUGGUUGAUCUAUCUGCCUUUUCUUCCUCUUUCUCUCUCUCUUUCACCGUCACACGACGAGAAAUGACACGCACUGGUGCAAUAUUUUUUUGCACAAGUCAUAAUUACAUAGACACUACUCCUGCACAAAGUGUUAUUGGGGUGCUUCCUGAAUGAUGCUAGCUUGUUUUAUAUGUAGUGCCAUAAAGCAGGUGCAAUGUUAUGACAGUGUAAUUUUUGUGCAAUAUUUAGCCAUUGCAGAGUGUGCAUUAGGUAGCGAGGUAUGGAAUGUGUUCCACACACCACUGCAUCACGAUCUAUUAAUCCAGGUCUCUAUUUCAAUGUCUCAAUGUCGUUGCUGCUUUUUUAUAAAAUUGUUACCUUUCAUUAUACUGCCAAUGCAUUUGGGUCAUUCUGAGUAGGCAUGGGCUGACAUCAGUGUCGGUAGCUAUUAAUAGUUGUAGUGCAUUCACAGAUGACUUGUUUGUGCUUGCAUUACUGUAAAGUUCCUUAGCACAUGUCUAGAAUAAAGUAAAAGGAAAGUGUAGAGUGGGCCAUUUUCCCAAUUCAUGCGCAAAAGAUGGUGGAAAUACGGGUGCCUUUCAAAUGUCAGUAGUGUAUAGGCACCUCUUCCAUUGAGUGUAAAUUCACUUAUUAUGCCAAGAAUUUCUUUAAUUCUUUACUGUUUCAAUUGAAAGUCAGAACCAACUGUUCAUUUGUCUAGCAGUUGUAUGCUUUCUGCGAUGAUGUGCUAUUUGCAGCAGUUUUCAUACUAAAAUAAAAGUUUCAGUGCCUCCAUGGGUAUAGCUGAAAACACAAAAAGGACUGUGAUGCUUAAACCAUCAAGCUUUCUUUUGUACCUUGAUGCAGGUUCAUGAGUGCCGAUUUUUAGUAGACAUGUUCCGAAAACUUGGUAGCAUCAGUUGUGAUGCAGAUUACCCAUCAUAGAAGGGGCGAGCACUUUUUGGGGGUCUCAGUUUACGAGGGCGAAUCAGAAAGUCUAAGCCCCUGUUUUUUUUAGCCAAAUUAUGGCUGUAAAUGCGAAGUCAACAUGUCCAUUCACGCUGGUGGAUCUUUCUAGGACCAGCCCGGGUAGCUCCACGGCACGGUGCUGUUGUCAAUUGUUGAAGGUGGCGGUUGUACUACGCACAUCCACAGCAUAUGAGCAAUGAAGCGUGAUUCAUUUUCUAGGGAGCAAGGGAUGAACUGCCAUUGAAAUCCACAGGGAAAUGCAGCCCGCAUGUGGGGAAAGGUGGCUCACCUUGAGAAGUUUGAGGUGGUGGCGUUGUGAGUUCACAGAAGGCCGUGAAGCCAAGACGGCAGUUCGACAGUGGUUCCACAGUCAGCCACACGAAUUCUACCAAAGGGGCAUCUCAAAUUUAGGGCUGCGAUGGGACAAAUGCCUCAACUGAUGUAGGAACCGCGUGGAAAAAUAGUGUAAGAUACGUAGAACAGUACGUAUAUCUGUACUUACUUGUAUGUACCUUAAUUUGGCUAAUAUAAAAUAGGGGCAAAGGCUUUCUGAUUCACCCUCAUAAGAUGAUAAUGUACCUGAAAGUCUGGAUCAACAAUAUUUUGGAGUUGGGUAUGCAUAUUUAACUUAACACCAUGUUUUGUGCAGCAGUUUUCCAUACCUGUUGUCAACUGUGAAUCUCAAUACAGGCAUGUUGUGAAAAUGCUUAUAUAAGGCCGGCUACUUGUUUGGUUGCUGCAUGUUGGUUAUGUUACACUGCUGCUGUUGGUGUGCUCCCAGCAUGUCAGAAUUGAGAUUCUUUGAGCCAUUUUUGUUGUUUGUACUGUUGGGCUAUGCUUAAAAAUAUUUUUAUAGUUCACUAUACUGUUGCUCGUGCUUUUUUAAUCAUGACAGAAUAAAAUGCUUGUUGCUUGUUGAUUGC